AUGGUUGCAGCUAACGAACCUGAAUUUCAACAAGCCUACAAUGAAUUAGUUCAUGCUUUACAAGAUUCUACUUUAUUUACUGAAAAUCCUCAUUAUAAAAAAGUUAUCCCUGUUGUUUCAAUUCCUGAAAGAAUUAUUCAAUUCAGAGUUGCUUGGGAAAAUGAUCAAGGUGAAAUCGAAGUUAAUAAUGGUUUCAGAGUUCAAUUUAACUCAAACUUAGGUCCAUACAAAGGUGGUUUAAGAUUCCAUCCAACUGUUAAUUUAUCCAUUUUAAAAUUCUUAGGUUUCGAACAAAUCUUUAAGAAUGCUUUAACUGGUUUAUCCAUGGGUGGUGGUAAAGGUGGUUCUGAUUUCAAUCCAAAAGGUAGAUCCGAUAAUGAAAUCAGAAGAUUUUGUGUUGCCUUCAUGAGGCAAUUGGCUAGAUAUAUUGGUUCUGAUACUGAUGUUCCAGCUGGUGAUAUCGGUGUUGGUGGUAGAGAAAUUGGUUUCUUAUUUGGUGCCUACAAACAAAUGCAAAACAAUUUCACUGGUAUUUUAACCGGUAAAGGUUUAACUUGGGGUGGUUCUUUAAUCAGACCAGAAGCUACCGGUUAUGGUUUAGUCUACUAUGUUGAAAAAAUGAUUGAAAAGGCUUCUCAUGGUAAAGAAACCUUUAAAGGUAAAAGAGUUGCUAUUUCCGGUUCCGGUAAUGUUGCUCAAUAUGCUGCUUUAAAAGUUAUUGAAUUAGGUGGUAUCGUUGUCUCUUUAUCUGAUUCUAAAGGUGCUAUCAUUAGUAAAAACGGUAUUACCCCACAUCAAAUCAGUGCUAUUGGUGAUGCCAAGAUUAAACAUAAGUCUUUAGAACAAAUUAUUGAAUUAUCUGCUUCUGCUUUCUCUGGUUCAAACUCUGUUCAAUACUUAGCCGGUGUUCGUCCAUGGGAACAUGUUGGUCAAGUUGAUGUUGCUUUACCAUCUGCUACUCAAAAUGAAGUCAGUGGUCCAGAAGCUAAAGCUUUAAUUGAAGCUGGUGUUAAAUUCGUUGCUGAAGGUUCUAAUAUGGGUUCCACCAAAGAUGCCAUCGAUAUCUUUGAAGCUUCAAGAAACACUGGUGUUUGGUAUGCUCCUGGUAAAGCUGCCAACUGUGGUGGUGUUGCUGUCUCCGGUUUAGAAAUGGCCCAAAACUCUCAAAGAGUUCAAUGGACUUCUGAAGAAGUUGACUCCAAAUUAAAAAACAUUAUGUACACUUGUUUUGAAAACUGUUACGAAACCGCUAUUAAAUAUUCUGUUGAAAAGAACACUGAAUCUUUACCAUCCUUAUUAAAAGGUGCCAACAUUGCUGGUUUCAUCAAAGUUGCUGAUGCUAUGUUUGAUCAAGGUGAUGUCUUUUAA